AUGGUUCUCUCCCCCAAGGUAUACACCUGGUUAUGCGGCCUCUUUGCUGCAUUGGGCUCGGUGACCUUCGGAUACGACUUGGGUAUAAUAGCUUCGGUCCUGCCGUCACCGAACUUCCUUGACACUGUGGGCCAUCCUAACGACACCCAGCUCGGUUUCAUAACCAGCUGUCUCCUCCUCGGUGCUUUUGCUUCGAAUAUCUACAUCGGUAGUCUUGCCGAUCUGGUCGGUCGACGUCUGUCCAUUCUCGCUGGAUGCAUUGUCUUCCUUCUCGGCGGUGCGAUCCAAGUGAGCGCUCAGAACAUCCACUACAUGUACGGAGGAAGGUUCCUCGCCGGAAUGGGCAUCGGCAUGCUUGCCAUGCUCGCGCCGCUAUACCAAGCCGAGAUUGCCCACCCUUCGAUCCGAGGAAGAUUGACGACGCUGCAGCAGUUCAUGCUCGGAAUUGGCUCUUUCGUUGCAAGCUUCAUUGGGUACGGAUGCUACCACGGCAUCUCUGGUCAGGCCCAGUGGCGCAUUCCCCUUGGCAUUCAGCUUGUACCCGCGAUCCCGCUGGCCAUCUUCAUCCUUCUCCUUCCCGAGUCUCCUCGGUAUCUCGCGAUGAAAGGCCGUGAUGACGACGCUCUUCAGAUCCUCGCUCGUCUUCAUGCUCACGGAGACACGUCCGAUCCCUUCGUCGUUGCCGAACAUCGCGAAAUCCUUGAUCAGAUCGCUCUCGAAAAACUGGAGACCCGGAACGCAUGGCAUCAGCUGUUCUUCAUCCCUUCCAACUUCAGGCGACUGUUCCUCGGUGUCGCGAUACAAUUCAGUGUUCAGAUGACCGGCGUUUCCGUCAUCCAGUAUUACUCGCCAACGAUCUUCGCUAGCAUCGGCAUCGACACCUCAACGACUCUUGGCUUGCAGUCCGGGAAUUCGGUCAUUGCUCUCAUCGGGGAGGCGCUCUGCGUGAUGUACAUCGAUAAGUUUGGUCGCCGCCCGGUGUAUGUCGCUGGGAACGCCCUCUCUGGCUUCACCUUCGUCAUCGGUACCAUCAUCAUUGCUCUGUUCCCCGCGGGCAGCAACAACCCCAAUGCGUCCCGUGCUUUCGUCUCUAUGACGUGGCUUUUCAACCUUGUGUUCUCGGCGUGCAUUGGACCGCUGUCAUGGGCUGUCCCCGUCGAGAUGUUCAAUAGCGCGACGCGUGCCAAAGCAACUGCUAUAACCUCGUCCGCCGCAUGGAUCUCAAACUUCAUGAUCGCCCAAGUUACGCCCGUUGCAUUCAACAACGUCGGCUGGAAGUUCUACCUCGUUUUCGCAAUCUGCGGCUUCAGCAACGCCCUCUUCUUCUGGGCUCUCCUACCCGAGACUCGUGGCAUCCCGCUCGAGGAGCUCGACGCGUAUUUCGAGACCGUGCCGCUCCUUGUGCCGGGAUCCGUUGGCGCGACUGGGUACGACGCGUCGACGCGCGAGAGGGAGCUGGCGCAGGGGAGGGUGUUUGUGCACGGCAAGGAGGACCUCGAACGCGGCGCGUCGCCGGAGAAAGGACAGACACAGCAGGCCGAGUAUGUAUGAAGGUCGGUCUGAACGGUACAUACAAGAUCUCAUUACGACCACCACGAAUCCCGUACGCAAAAUGUCAGUCACUGUAUAUGAUAGACACUUGUAUCUUUAUGACAUUGCAUCAUUGUCCA